AUGGCGCACAUCGAGGUCGUCGACGACGACAUCGAAGCCGAAGACUACGGCGCGGUCCUCGACGAGGAGCCACCCCGCAACGAAGAGGCGCCGCCCCACAACUCACAACGCAGCCACUACUCUCGCCGUGCGCCCCCGCCCUCCCGCUGGAAGCGCGCCGGCCUCUGGUCCCUCUUCUGCCUCGUCUUCUGGCUCGCGUACACGAUGCGGAAACACCUCGACCAGCCGCUCAACGCCGCGCACGCGAGGAGGUGCGUUGGUGUGUUCUACCUCUCGACCGCGGUCGCCGUGCUCUACUCCCCGUCGCUGUGCUCUACCCCCCAACCGCGGUCGCUGUGCUCUGCCCCCCAACCACGACUGACACGUAUCCUCCUCAUCGUAGCUCGUGCUUCCUCGUCGUCGUAG